UGCAGGGAUUGAGGAAUGUGGGGACCAGCGCCUACGUCACACUCAGACCGCCCCGAGGGUCCCGACCAGAGAGGAAAACUUUUCUUCCCCCCCCGUGAAUUAAGAACAAAAACCCCUCCGGGACGCUCUAUACUCUUGUCUCCAUGGUAACGUGUAGGACGCCCGAGCUGCCUUGCAAGGGGGCGGUGCCAGAGCGACUGACGACGGGACUUGCACAGGAGAAAUUGGUCUGAAGAUGGUAAGGAGAGGCCUGGAUUCAUCUGGACUGCGUUUUAGCCAUUUCACGACGGAGCGUACUACCCGUACACAGGUGACACCCAAGGGACCCACUCCUCAGCAGGGAUCCCCUCCCUCCUGAACUCCCCGCUCAGCAUCAUGACUCCUCCAUCCAGCGGCGCCUCCGUCGUCCUCCCCUUCAAGUUCCGUCCGCGCCGGGAGAGCGUGGACUGGCGGCGAAUCAACGCCGUGGACAUAGACCUGGUGGUGAGCCAGCUGGACCUGGACGCCCUGCAGGAGCACAUCAGCAGCGUGACGUUCUGCAGCCUGGACGGCGAGCGGUGCCAGCGCUGCCAGAGCCCCGUGGACCCGGCUCUGGUCAAGCUCCUGCGGCUGGCCCAGCUGACGUUGGAGUGGCUCCUGCACUGCCAGGAGUUCCUCACCCUGAACCUGCGUGCGGUGGAGGAGAAGCUGGCGGCGGCCGGCAGGGAGCGUGAGCAGCUGCUGGAUCAGCAGAAGAAGCAGGAGGAGAAGGUGAAGACGCUGACCGACGAGCUCAAGCAGAGGAAGAAAGUCAUCCGCACCCAGCAGUCCAUGCUCACGCCACGAAUCAUCAGUGGCCAUAAGUGUCCACAUUGUGAUAAAUCCUUCCUCAAUUCCUCAUUCCUCCAGAAUCACAUGCAGCGCCGCCACCCUGACGAGUAUGAGAUCGAGUAUCGCUCGGACAGCGAGAAGAAAUCUCAGAUAGACUGCCUCAAAUCAGAGAUCAGCAGUCUGAAGGAGCAGGUUGUUCAGCAGCAAAUGGACUUGCAAGCCAAAACAGCUCAGGAAAAAGAGCAGCAGUCCCAGCACAAAGACCUGCUGAGAGAACUGGACCGUUUCAAAGCUGAGGAGAUGGCGCGCAUGGACAGAAAGAUAGAGGACAGCAGGGAUGGCAUGCGCAGGGAGAUGGAAUUUCUCUACACCCGAAAUAUUCAGGCUCUCAAUGAAGCUAAUCAGAAUCAGACAGCGAAGCAUGAAAAACCAGCCAGCCCUGUUCACUCACAGCCAGAGAGAGAUCUGGACAACUACAGAGAGAUGCAGAUACAAGCCAUACAGAAGCUGGAGCACCAACUGAAGAAACAGGAUAAAAAGUGGGGAUCCAGGCUGCAGGAGAUAAAGGCCCAACACGAGUCUGAGAAAAACCAGCUGCUGAACGAGCUGAGCAGAAUGCAGUCGUCCGUGUCCGAGCACCAGGAGAGCAGCCAGCGGCUGCAGCAGGAGAUGGGCAGGAGGCUGCAGGAGAGGGAGCACACCAUCAAGGCCCAGAGGGAGCAGAUAAGGAAUAUCUCAUUGAAUCCACCCACCAAAAUAGUGGAAAUACCAGUCAUUGUCAGUGCUCCAGCUCCAGAGCCUAAACCAAAGAGAGUCGUGCUCGACUCAAGCAGCUUCUCUGAGAGGAGGCCCGUGGAGAAGAGGCCCGAGCCUGCACCUGAGAAGAAACAGAGGGCGACCACCAACGCCCUGAAAAGGAACCCCAACAUCAAGAAGGAGAUGCGGCCGGAUCUGGAGCAGGCGGUCAUUGAGAAGCUGGAGAACCUGGGAGUCAAGGCGGAUCAGAGUGGUCUUAGGGACAAAGAGCUCAACUCCAUCCUGGCCAAAGUGCACUCAAAGCGGGAGAGCAUUGCGAAGGGGAUGCCCGACUACUGGCGCCAUCGGGAGGAGAUCUCCAGCAGCGUGGAGCAGAAGCUGGGCGGUCAGAGGAGAGGCAGCGACCCAGCUCCCGAGUCACAGACCAGAUCCAGACAAACGGUUCAAGUGCUGCAGAUCCGCCCCAGAUCCAGCAGCCUGCCCUCCAGAGCGACCCAGGUGGUGUCCGGACCUGCAGUCAAACAGCCCAAGACCCCCCAGCCGACACCGAGGACCAGGACCACCGCCCAGCCCAAGACAUCUACACCCAACACCAAGGCCGCUCCGAGGAUCUUCACAUCCAAGACCCCUCCUUUCAGUUCAGAUGAGGAAUCUGAAGAAGAGGACACAGAUGUCGAGGAUGAGCGUCAUCAAAAACACCAGAGGGGCAAAUCCCCACAGCCCAGACUGAACCAGGUCCAAAUCAGAGCCAGCAAAGCCAGUCCAGUCCAGGCCAAGCGGGCUCAAGCCAGGCAGUCAUUCAUCUCAAACCCCCAGCAGGCCAGGAGCUCAGUGGGCGGUUCGACAAGGACCGCAGUCGCAAAGAUGGAGAGCGACGAGGACGAGUGGUCUGAGGUCAGCGAGCUGCAGGAGAUCGACCCGAAGCGUCUCCAGAGUUUCAAAGACCAGAACGGAAACGUGGACAAGAGGAACUUUGGCAAAGAGAACAAGAUCAACGACCUGGCUAGAAAAAUGGAGAAGCAGUUUGCAGAUAGAGCGGUAAAGAAACCAGCAGGGGGCGUCAGCAUCUUACCAGAGAGGAGAGACGAGGUUCAGGAGCUCACGUGCACAGAUCUCGAGGAGAGCAGUGAGUGGGCGGUGUCAUCCUUAGAAGACAGACGGGAAACGGCUAAACCGACUAAGGGCCCUGGACCAGCCAGGAAGAGCCUGGACUCACCCAGCACCAGCGUGUGGGGAACCUCCACCGGAAAAGGUGCAAAAUCAGGUCUGACCGAAGCUGGAACAGGAAGCACCCUGAAGAGCAGCCUGUGCUCCCUCAGCGACAUCAGUGACUCCGAGGACUUUAGCAAUAAAUAACAAUUAAGGUGACGUAGCAAUCACAGACACAAAGACCUCAGUCAGCCCAUGUGACACCUACAGUCCAUGCCAAAUAGUUAUUUUUUAUUCUGUUAUUAAUACAGAGAUAGCAAUACUGAGACAUUUCUGUAGAAAAAAGACCAUCUAAUAAAUAUGACAGUUAAAUAACAAAACAAGUCUCACCUUAUGCCUGUUGCCAAUUCUAUGUUUGCCUUAGACCUUUAAAGGAACUUUUACAUUUUUAGUUUUUUUAAUUUGGUAUAUUCAUUGAAAUAUAGCCCACACUCCAAACGAGAUGCUGUAUGUAGUUUGUGUCAAAUUUUGUACAUCAAAUUCUAUAUUGCCUUCACUUGUGAAAUGAGCAAUGACAUGUGAUUUUUGUAUAGAAAAUAUUUAUACAAGCAAUAAAAUCUAUU